GACACCGGCCGAGCAGCCUCCCGACCCGCCGAUCGGCCGAGGCUUUCGCGUCGGGCUCCCGUCGAGCCUUCGCGUCCGUGUCCCCUGCGCCCCGCCGCUGCCGCCCCAAACUUUGACCAGCACCGCCCGGGCUCCGCGCCAGGGACGAGCCAGGAAUUUUCAAGAUGAAUUAUACCAAGUCCACCCCAUUGGCAGAAUCAACUGCAAUAGGUUUUACACCUGAGUUAGAAACUAUCCUACCUGUGCCUUCCAAUGAGACCACUUGUGAAAACUGGAAAGAGAUACAUCAUCUAGUUUUUCAUGUAGCAAAUAUUUUUUUUGCGAUUGGGUUGGUUAUUCCAACUACUCUUCACCUUCAUAUGAUACUUCUUAGGGGGAUGUUAACUAUAGGAUGUACCCUUUACAUCGUCUGGGCCACUCUCUACCGAUGUGCCUUGGAUAUCAUGAUCUGGAACUCGGUGUUCCUGGGGAUCAACAUUUUGCAUCUUUCAUAUCUUUUGUACAAGAAAAGACCGGUAAAAAUCGAAAAGGAACUCAAAAGCAUCUACCGGAGAUUGUUUGAACCACUCCGUGUGCCUCCAGAUUUGUUCAAAAGAUUAACUGGACAGUUUUGCAUGAUCCAAACAUUGAAAAAGGGCGAGACCUAUGCUGCAGAGGAUAUAACCUCAGUUGACGACCGUCUGAGUAUUCUCCUGAAGGGAAAAAUGAAGGUCUCCUAUCGAGGACAUUUUCUGCAUAAUAUUUACCCCUGUGCCUUUAUAGAUUCUCCUGAAUUUAGAUCAACCCAGAUGCACAAAGGUGAAAAAUUCCAGGUCACCAUUAUUGCAGAUGAUAACUGCAGAUUUUUAUGCUGGUCAAGAGAAAGAUUAACUUACUUUCUGGAAUCAGAGCCUUUCCUAUAUGAAAUAUUUAGGUAUCUUAUAGGAAAAGACAUUACAAAUAAGCUCUACUCAUUGAAUGAUCCCACCUUAAAUGAUAAAACGGUCAAAAAGUUGGACCACCAGCUCAGCCUUUGCACACAACUGUCCAUGCUGGAAAUGAGGAACAGUAUAGUCAGCUCCAGUGAAGAUGAAGACGGCUUACACCAGUUUCUUCGGGGCACCUCCAGUGUUUCCUCUCUUUAUGUGUCGCCCCUACACCAGCGAGCCUCUGCGAAGAUGAACCCAAUAGAGGAAGGGAUGGAAGACGACGACGAGGUCUUUGAACCCGUGUCCUCGAAUACGCUUAAAGUUCGUCGCUGGCCUUGAUCCCAAGAGAGGAUUCACGUUACCAAGAGGGAAACUGUCUGGAAGAGAUCCUGAAAA